AUGGAAAAGCUUGUGCAUUUUCCAUAUGAAGUAUUGGAAAUGAUUUUCCAACAGAUAAAUCAUCAUAUGGUAAUAGCAUUAAUGCCAUUACAUUCUAAAUUCAAUGAAAUCGGUCAAAAAAAAUUAUACAAAAAUAUUCAUAUUUACCUCAAACAUAAUGUAAUGAAACUUGCCUAUACUAAAGCAGGUGAACCAAGAUACAAACAAGAAAAUAGGUGGAGAUUUCAUAAAGAUAUUUUGAAUGACUUUACUAAAAAGUUCACUGUGAUUUCAUCUUGUAGUUUUUAUGACAAUAUUAAUAAGAAUAAAAUGAAUAGAUACCAACAUAUUGAACAUCUUAGUAUUGAAAAUGUUAAUCCUUUAUAUUAUGUAUCACACUUGAAGUUUGAUAAUAAAAGAGAAGUUCCUACAUUUUUAAGAAAAAUAUUUAGAUAUUUCAAAAAUCUAGAUUAUGUUAGUUUUGCACUAUCUAAUAAUCAACUUAAUAGAGCAAACAAAGACAAAACAGAUGACGGAUUAAAAGGUAAAACUUUUAAAAUUCCUCGUCAACGUCCCGACUUUUAUGAUCACGUAUUGUUUUUAGAGGAAAAAAACCAAAGUUCAUAUGAAUUUUUGUACAAUAAUCUUAAAAGUUUAAAGUUCAAAUUUGAACCACCCAAUAACCAUGUAAAAGAAUUUAAUCCCCUUGAACUUUCUAAAAGCAUUGACUUAUUUAAUAAAAUCAAUUUAUUUAAAAAACUUGAAGAGUUACAUCUUAUAUUUGAACUAUUUAUUAAUUUAAUGGAUCCAUUAUUACUUGAAAGAUUGAAUAAAAUUAACUGCAGAUUAAAAAAGCUUGAUUUAUUGUUUUGGGGUAAACACAUAUUCCAAGGAGAUGAUUACUGGGAUUACUACUACUACCACCUACGUCCGAAACCAAAACCUAGAAAAUGGUUGUUUACUUUGGAUAAAUUUUUUGAUACAAAGGAGAUUAAUACUUUGUCAUUAAAUUAUCAUAGCGAAUCAAAUAUUGAAGAAACAUUUUACCUUCAAAAAUUUAGGUUCGAAGAAAUGUUAAGCAAUGCCAGUUUACCAAAAUUGAGAAAUUUAGUUUUAUCUUCUCGACUUUUAGAUUUGAAGUCAAUUGAUGUAUCAAAGUUACAUAAAUUGAUCAUAUGUACAAAAAGUGCUGAUGAUGGGUAUGCCACUAGAAUUGCCAAACUUUAUCUCAUAAAUCCAAGUUUGAGGUUAUCUUGGUGGCCAACAUUUAAUAUUUGGUAUGAUCGAGAGAUAUUUUUCAAAACCGAUAAUUUACAAAUAUUCACACCUGACUAUUUUCAAGUUAUAUCUUGUCAAUGGCCAUCAUAUUUUUUCGAAAGUGAUAUAAUUUCAAUUACUAAAAAACAUAAUCGGAAUUCUCGUAAAUCAAAGGACAAAAAUCCAAAGAAACUAAAUAUAACCUUAAAACAUGAUUAUUCAGUUAAAGAACAACGCGGUAUGGACAUGUUGGCUUUUAAAUUUAAAGACAAACCGGUUUUAAAAUAA